AUGGAGGACCCUCGCAAAGGGAAAGAAGCGAGGACAGGCAAGGAAGAAGGACAUUAUCGGGGAGUUAGAAGGAGGCCUUGGGGGAAGUUCGCGUCGGAGAUAAGAGACCCUUCGAGGCAGGGUGCUCGUCUGUGGCUCGGUACAUUUGACACAGCAGAGGAAGCCGCAAGGGCAUAUGAUAAGGCUGCAUUUAACCUAAGGGGUCAUCUUGCCAUACUGAACUUCCCCAGUGAGUACUAUUCUCGAGUCAUGGGCUCCCCUCCUUAUCCUCCAAGAGUUCAAUCAUCCUUCUCUUCUUCAUCGUCUUCUUCUACUUCGGCUGCAGCUACUGCUAGUAGUGCUGCUGGUGGGAGCUGUGAGAGUGCAACUAGUUCAUCUGCUGGACAAGGAAGACAAGUGUUUGAGUUCGAGUACCUGGAUGACAAGGUGUUGGAGGACCUUCUUGAUUGGGAAGACGAGAAACAUAAAUGA